GUAGAAGCCGAUUUCUUCUUUGCCUAGAAGCCGUUUUCUUCUCUACCUAGAAGUCGUUUUCUUCUCUGCUUAGAAGCCGUUUUUCCUUCUCGUUUCGACCACCCUUUCUCUAAUAAUAAGGGCGUUAAGAAACCUAUACAAGGGGCAAGCCAAAACCUUUUACUAGGUUGGGUUGCUGGAUACGGGAUCCUCGUAGUAGGCUGGACCAACAUCCAGCCGAGAGAGGGCAGCCUUUAGAAGCAACAGGUUGGUCGUAGAUCAAGAACGGUUCGCGUUUUCUUAUCUUCUUCCCGCCCUAGGAGUAGGAGUAGCACAAAAAGAGGGAUUACCAUUAUUGACCCAAUGAUAAACCACUAACACCUUCCUCGUUGGGGCUCCGCGCACUGGGAAAACGCUCUACCGAGUUUCUCCAUCGCUUGCAUCUCAAUCUCUGCAGCUCUUUCAUUUUUUCUCGCAUUCGGCUCUUUGGAAAAUUUGAAUCAGCAUUUCAAGCCUAGAAGCCGUUUUCUUCUCUUCCUCCCGAGCACCUCCAUCGGUUGCAUCUCAAUCUCUGCGGCUCUUUCAUUUUUUCUCUCAUCCGUCUCUCUCGAGAAUUUGAAUAAGUUAUAAUAUUAACAAUGGCUGGUAAUGGCUUAGAUGGUUCUGCUGCCAGUUCACGCCCACUCUCGGCCACAUCAAUGUUUACACGAUGCUCAGCUGCAAGAUUUAAGAAACUGUGCAACCGAUUACCAGAGGCAAAAAUUCAAGCCAUAAGAGACCUCCAAUUUGGAGGUCUCUUAAACUUAAACUGCACAGAGGUGCGCCACAACCUCUGUAUCUUUCUAAUCCAACAUUUCAAUGUUGGAUUUAGACGGAUAGAGUUCUCAGCCCAGAAACACUAUCCUGUUACAGCCACCGAUGUUGGCCUCAUUUUGGGCCUCCCAACAGAAGGACGGAAUUUGCAGGUGACCUCUACAUCAUCAGAUCAUCCAUUUGGGCCUAUUCGGGCAUGCGAGGAGAAACUCCUAGACUUACCUGUAGGUGAGGAGUUCCGUAGAGCAUUCAUUUACUACGCAUGUGCCACAUUGUUGGCCCCCACGUCUAGGCUCAAUGGUUGCCGUAACUUGUGGCAUACCAUCCAUGAGGAUGGAUUCCGAAAUGAUGUUAAUUGGGCCCAGUUUGUGCUUGACCAACUGGUUGAGGGAAUUAGGCGAUACCAACAAUCUAAGACCUCUUGGGUACAUGGCUGCGUUUUAUUUCUUCAGCUGCAUUAUGUCAUUAAAUUCCAAAUUCCUUCAGUCCAAGUCCCCAUUACAGUGCCCCCAACAUUGGCAUGGACUGAUGAUUUGAUUAAGGGACGACUAGUCGCUGAGAUAAAGGAGUUUGGAGCAUUCGGACAUGCUGAGAUUGAUUUUGCGUCCCAGAGAUCUCCAACCGUAGAUAGAACUUCGGAGCCAGAGACUAAUGUGGACCAUGACACAAAUGUUGAUGCUGAAAAUAGUGAUGAAAUAUGGCAUCAAUAUCAUGAUGCAGAACGCGCAAUCGACCAAUAUCAACGGGGCAUUCAGCAGCAGCUGAGAAUAAUGCGUGGCCUUAUGCAUAAGUUAGGGUCUCGCAGACAUAGUGGGGUAAAUUCAGCUGCGGGGGGUCACUCUAGCUAUGCACCAGCCAGCACUCCCACAGCCGAUGACCAUGCAUUUCCUGGUGAUGAGUACAUGGCUUCGCAUGCUGCAUACCAUGUGCUAGACACACCAGAUCGCGUUGUCGCCCCUGAGUAUGAGUUGCAGCCCAGUGUACCCAUUAAUGUUGUAAGCGAUGGUGAAGAACAACCAGAAGGUAAUGUUGUCCCCACAAAUAGAAACGUCCGAAGACGUCGAGUGCGUCGCAUGGCUCCAAACCUGUUGUCCCCAUACAUAUCCCAACCACAAACGAAACAAUCUGCCAUCAAAAUCGACCUAAAACAAGGAGCUGCACUGGUAUUUGGAGACGAUUUGGAUGCAAGUGAGGAACUAGUGUCUAUGCAUGACACUAUCCUAACCAGAGGCAAUUUGGGCUGCUUCCAAGGGAAUGGGUGGAUAGGAAACGACGUGCAUAUCAUUUCUUAUCCCUCUUUAUGCAUUAUUUUAAGUUUCAAAAUGAAAGUGUGGUUCUAAUAUAAUUUGUUGCUUACACUUUUAUGAUAUAUGAAAUCAGGU